GUCAACACAAGAAUGCAGUGUGAUAAGUGCUUUUCGAUAAAUCAAUGUUGAUAUCCAUCAAUAAUAUGGCCGUAGUGCUUAGGCUUACUGCAUUAUUGAUAUUGUUAGUUUCAUUUUCUAGUUUUGCAUAUUCUACAUCGAAUAAUAAUGCCGCCAUUGAUUCAAAAUGUUCAAAAGAAACACAGACAGAUGAAAGUAGCUUUUCGGAGGAGCUUCUAGUGCGACCUCUGCCCUCUGGACACGUGCAUUCUCACUUUGAAUUCACAACAAAAUGGAGUAAUCCUUCAAUAAAGUCUUCUCUAGAGAGCUAUCAUGAUCUAAAGUUGAGUCAUUACGAUCUGUUUCCCCGAGCCCUGGGUGAAGUUGUGGAGAAGUACCAUGUGCGAGAGCUUCACUUGACGUUGACACAAGGAUUGUGGCGUCAUCACAAGUGGGGAUACCCAGUGGCUGAUGCUCCUCCUGGUGCCACACUCUGGGUUUGGUUUAAUCCAGCCCCAAAAAAUGUGCUGGACGAUGCCUGGCGGGACUUGGUGAAUGCCCUGAGUGGGCUCUUCUGUGCCUCACUGAACUUUAUUGAUGGCAGCAACACAGCCUCCCCUGAACUCAGCUACAGGCCUUCUGGCCUAGCCCAGCCUUGGUAUGCUUCAAAUUCUUCCUAUUUGCGUGUUGCUGCUUUGGCUCGUGAGAAUGUUUGUACAGAGAACCUCACGCCAUGGAAGAAGCUCCUGCCCUGCGACACAAAGGCUGGUCUGGCAAGUGUGCUGUACCCUAGCCCUCUCUACUCAGCUCACUACCACUCCCUGGGCGUGCACCUCAGGCCGUCCUGUCAGGAUCCUGGCGCAUGCACGAGGCCGCAGCUGGAGCUGGUGCUGUCAGUGUCGCUGGUGCAGCAGCGGCUGCAGGAGGGACGGCAGGACUUCACCCUGCGGGGGCUCUACUCGUCCCCCAUCUUCUCCGUGUGUCCUAUGGCAUACAAGUCCAUGCUUUAUGUCGACGUCACUGGAAAUGAGGACGGCCGCACGUUCAGCCUCAGUCCCCCACCGUCAGAAGUGGUGACCCGCGGUGCAGGGCUCGGCUCUGCCAGCCACCGCGUCUUCGCCGUCUACGACCUGCAGGAGACGCUCAGCAGCAGCCGUGACGCACUCAACGUCGCCGCGCGAUACGCUAAACGCCACACAUACGCACACGUGUCUGGUCCUCCUCUCGUGGCCACGCGCUACAUCGCUGGCUACGGGCAGGAGGGCGGCAGCAUCAGGGUGGUGCUGAGCAACAGCGGCUCUGAGGACCUCUCUGUGGUGUACCUGGAGCUGCUGCCCUGGUACCUGCGCCUGUACCUGCACACGGCGCACGAGACCGGCCAGGGUGAGCGGUAUCUAAGUCAGUUUGUGGGAGCUCGAGACCGGGAGCAGGGAUGGGUGUAUGAGGCGGUGGUGCGGGUGCCCGCUAGAGGCAGCACGGAGCUCUCGCUGCCCUUCACGCGCGCGCUGCUCAAGUGGCUCGAGUAUCCCCCGGACGCGAACCACGGCUUCUACUUGCCCGCCGCCACCGUGUCUGCUGUCCUGCCCACCGCUAGAAACAUAACUGCUGCCACAGCUGCCGACACUGGAUCCCUGCUUGACAAACUGUCGGUGAGGGAAGGAGAGCAGCUCGUGCGACUGUACACGGAGACGUUGCUGGUGACGUUACCUACGCCGGACUUUUCGAUGCCUUACAACGUCAUCUGUCUCGCCUGUACCGUCGUCGCCCUCGCCUUCGGCCCCAUUCACAACAUCACCACCAAGCGACUGGUGCUGAAAAAAAUUCAACCGAGCGAGAGUUUCGCAUCGACGGUUUCGGGGAAAGUGAGAAGACUCUUCGGUUUUAAAGUCGAUGUUGGAGCUGAAGCGGACGAAGGUGCGGCUAAAACAGAUACCUGUGCAGCUGGGACAGAUGCUGCACCUGUUGCUACUUGAGAGAAAAAAUCGACAUGUGACGAUGAUGUCGACUCCUGCAGCGACGGGGCCAGACUGCGCCAGGAAUCCAUCGUCUGUGUCGAGAGGCAAGGAGGCGAUCCAGCACAGCCCCUACUUCAUGAUCUCAAAAUCCUGGGCGUUGUGUGCUUAUUUCGUCAUUAUAGAAUAAAUAGAGUAAGUUUGCUACUAAGCUCAAACGCCUGAUUUCUCCCUCUUUAUGCUUCAUGCAUGGGAAACUUGGUCUGUAAAUGUAUUUGAAUGUAGGUAACGACUGUCGAAUUAAGUUUGUUUCCCUUGCUUGCUGUGUGUCCGAUCUUGCUACGUUCACGAUUUCAGCUGAAACAAAUGGUAAUGAAGCGUAAUUUGUGUUACUAAAGAGGUAUUUACAUGUAGAAGCUUACCGCUAAAAACUCUUCGUUUGUCUAUAUUUUUCCGCGCUCCCGACAGCGCGUUUCAUUUUCAGACCUCACGGGCAGGCGAACAUCAAACUCGCGAACGUGUGCCCAUGAGCCUCAAAGUUGAUGCUGAAUAGAGGAGGAAUAAUAAUGAAAGUCAUUGUUAGUACUACAAUUGAAUAAAGACGCACGUAUGUUAGCUCAAUAUUAUCAACGAGCGUGCCUUGUUUGAUGUGGUGUCCUAAAAAUGGCAAAGUCACCGCCGGUUUUGUCAGGGAUGAUCUUGAGAAUUUGUCUCGUUCACUGGUGAUUAUCCAAUAUUUUUUUGUGGUGGAUUACACGUUUGCAACAUUUCACGAUACAGGAUUGAAUGUUAUGUUAUUCUGCUCGGUGUGUUGACGUACUUUGUUACAUUCUGUGGGUGCGUGGCGAGAUGUAAUAAAUUCAUGUGAUUA